AUGCCUCAUAGUUACGGCCAUUCACUCAGGAGCUUGGGUAAAGCACCAUCACUCUCUGCCCUCACACACAACUCUAAUCCUAAAAGCUUUGAAGAUGGAAUUUUCUUGCCCAGCAGUUGGCACAGCAGAACCUGGCUCCUGGACAACUUUCAAGAAACCUCCACCCACCAACCAGCCACUUGUGAACAGCACCAGUGUAAAGUGGACCCUUGUGUACAAAGUUCCUGGAUCUCCAGAGCUGACCAGACCACUUGGUCCAAUUCCAAGACCUGUGAACGAACAACAUGCCAGUCAGGAAUCUCUCCAGCUCUGACAGAGUGUGCUUCUCAACCAUGCCAGUCAAGAAGCUGUCAGCAAGUGGGUUUUGCAGUCCAGAGCUAUCAACCUGCAAGUUACAUGUCCAAGUGUUACCCGCUAAAGUCUACGGUAUCUGAGAGUUGCCAAACUGUGGAGUUUGAAACCAGCCAAUGCUGUUGUCAGGUUCCUGACUCCAAACCCUGUAACUCCUCGAGCAAUGUUGUCUCUGGGACACAACUUGUGGAAUCUUCUAGCACUUAUGAGCCAGAGUGCUGUGUGACAGGCGGUUCACAAUUGUCUAGUAAGUGA